AUGGUCCGCGAAGGCACGCGCUCGCAGACGGGCAACUCCCGCCCGCGCGUCUUCUCCGUGCCCGACACGGCGCCCGUCCAGAAGCGCCGGAGCACCAAGGCCAAGCCUGCGGCCGCGGCCGGCGCAGGCGCAGGCGCGGGGCGCAAGCCUGGCCCCAAGAAGAGCGCUGCCGGCGCGACGGGCAAGGCGGCCGGCGGCGCGACGGGCAAGGCGGCCGGCGGCGUGACCAAGAAGGCGAAGAAGGGGACGGCGGGCAAGGUCGCCACCAAGGUCAAGGCUGACUCCAAGGCUGUUGAGAAGAAGGUCGCUGGAGCCGUCAAGGCCGCCGAAAAGGAGGUCAAGCCGGACGAGGACAAGGCCGACGGCGCGGCUGCGGCCAAGAGCGACGAGUAA